UGCCUGCAGUCUUUGCAGCCACUGUUUUCGCCUCCUCCUCCUCCUCCUCUUGCCUCUGUCUAUCUGUCCAGUCCGGGAAUGUUGACCACCGUGGCCUGAUCCAGCGCUGUCGAGUGUCCCUUCAUCUCAACACUACCACUCCGGGUUGUGUCUCUGGUCGUAGUCUGCCUGAGCUGAUCUGGCUGUAAAGGUACUUUGCCCUGUCCAUCUUCUAUCACACCUGAUCCAACCGAACAAGUUGUACAAAAGAGCUGAGAUACACCAAGCAUGGCUGUGGCCGGAUGUCCGGAUUAUUUCCUGCAUCAUCCAAAUUAUCAGCAGGACAAUAUAGACCGGUCCUCCAAUCACAGACAAGCUGACCUCAUUGGUCCGAGCUUCCAGCAGUCAACCAAUCGGAAUUCUCCUAGCCAUCAAGAGGAUGACGUCGAUUUAGAGGCCCUGGUGAAUGAUAUGAACUCUUCGCUGGAGAGCCUGUACUCCACCUGCAGUGGUCAGCAGACAGAGUCCACCCCACUACUGCACAACGGACAGACCUCUUCCUCACACCAACACCACCACCACCACCACCACCACCUUCAUCAUCAUACACAACACAUCCAGCCGCGGCAGGGUCAGCACUUGCACGCGCUAAGCCACGUCUCCCCGGAGCCUCCCUCCUCCUCCUUGUCCACUGACUCACCCCAAACAAGCCUCCGACGGUCACAACCCAUGCACAUCCUCGCUGUCAGGAGGCUGCAGGAGGAGGAGCAGCAGCUGAGGACAUCAUCUCUCCCGGCCAUCCCGAACCCCUUUCCUGAGCUCUGCAGUCCAGCAAGCUCACCUGUCCUCAGUCCUGGGUCCCUACCUCCUGGAGAACCCUCCACUGGCAAAUAUAUUGUGAAGAUCUUCAGUGAAGACGGCAUGGGUAAAGUGGUGGAGAUUCCAGCCGACAUGACGGCCAGGGACCUUUGCCAGCUCCUGGUGUAUAAAAGCCAUUGUGUGGACGACAACAGUUGGGCACUUGUUGAGCACCACCCGCUGCUAGGGCUAGAGCGCUGUCUAGAAGACCAUGAGUUGGUGGUUCAGGUCCAGGCUUCUAUGAACAGCGACAGUAGAUUCCUCUUCAGAAAGAACUAUGCCAAAUAUGAAUUCUUCAGAAACCCUCUGACAUUUUUCCCAGAGCACAUGGUUGCAUGGUGCCAGGAAACCAAUCGUAUGAUUCCACCAUCUCAGCUCCUGCAGAACUUUCUAGCGACCAGUAGUUGUCCAGAAAUCCAGGGUUAUCUGUACGUGAAGGAGGUGGGAAGAAAGUCAUGGAAGAAAGUUUACAUGUUCCUGCGGCGCUCAGGACUCUACUGUUCUACAAAAGGAACUUCAAAGGAGCCAAGACAUCUACAGUUAUUAGCAGACCUAGAAGACAGUAACAUCUUCACUGUCAUCACAGGCAAAAAGCAGCACGGUGCACCCACAGACUUCGAGUUCUGUAUCAAGCCCAAUAAAGGUCGAGGGGAGCUGAAGGAGUUGAGGAUCCUGUGUGCUGAUGACGAACAGGGCAGGACCUGUUGGAUAACUGCCUUCAGACUCUUUAAGUAUGGGAUUGUAUUGUACCAGAAUUAUAAGAUUCCCCAACAAAGAAAAACCUUGCUCUCACACUUCUCAGCACCUGUGCGAAGUGUGUCAGAGAACUCCCUUGUGGCAAUGGACUUCUCAGGGAGGAUAGGCAGGGUGAUUGACAACCCUGUGGAGGCUCAGAGCGCUGCCAUGGAGGAGGGGCAUGCGUGGAGGAAGAGGAGUCAACGAAUGAACAUAUUAGGCUCCCACAGUCCAUUACAUCACUCCUCACUAAGUUCAGUCAUCCACAUAGCUCAGUUGUGGUUCCAUGGCAGGAUAACCAGAGAAGAAUCCCAUCGCAUUAUCCACCAGCAGGGACAAGUAGAUGGGUUGUUUCUGCUGAGAGUCAGUCAGAGUAACCCCAAGGCAUUUGUGCUCACAUUGUGCCAUCACCAGAAAAUCAAACAUUUCCAGAUUCUACCGUGUGAAGAGGACGGCCAAGUCUUCUUCAGCCUUGAUGACGGCGCCACCAAAUUCACUGACCUGAUUCAGCUGGUGGAGUUCUACCAGCUCAACAGAGGAGUGCUGCCUUGUAAACUCAGACACCCAUGCACCGUUGUGGCCUUAUGACAUCUGCGGAUCAUCUGACCCAUGAUCCCUAUCACUUGACCUCCCUUGACUCUGCCUAAAACAAACAAAACAAAAAGAAUCUUUCAUUUGGUUUGGUUCUUUAUGUUUUUUAUCCUGAUAAGAAGCUGGUGAAUUGACUGAUGUUUCGUUGUUGUCGUUUUAUAUUGUCGAGAGUCCACCGGAGAUUGACGACCUGUUGGAUACCUUUUGGUUUGCAUGGAUGUUGAGGAGUCGGAUACACAAUUUGCUUGCAAAAUCACUGUGUGAAGAAGAGAAAAGACAAAGGAAAUGAACACUGCCGUUUGUGUCAAUGCUGUCGCAAAAUCUUCCACAAUCUUGCUACCAGUAGUCAUCAAUAAGCUUGGAACCAGUGACUUUCAAGGUUUUCUCUUCCAGCUCAAGUGUAGACUGUAUAUCCCUUCAACUGGACAAUCAGCAGGACAAUUCAAGCUUUCAUGUGGACCACUCUGCUCCCUGAGAACAAAUUUUCAUCACUCAUCCUCAGUGAAUAUACUGUAGGUGGAGAGGUGAUUGGCUCUUAGUUUUGCACUCAUCGAACUGGGAGUGGCCUUUGAGGGUGCAUGACUUCCCCGCUGUUGCAUUACUUUUAACUGUGAGAUGGUGCCACCGCCCUCUAGUGUCAUAGGCAUGUAAGGACAUGUCAAAAUUUAACAUUUAUUUGAUAUAGAGGCACCAGAAAGAGUGUGGCCUCUAAAUUCUUUUGAGUGUUUGUCGGGACAAACUAGCCUGGAGUAAAUGGCCAAGGAAAAAUCUGGAAUUGUUGAAACAAAGUAUUUUUUUAUUUGUGGACAAUACAAAAACUGUGUCGUCCAUCCUCACUCAUGCUCAUCUCUGACCACACAGGGUUUCGUUUCUUUUGGACAUAUUCAUUGCAUUGCAUUUCAAUACUCUCUUUAUAAAUGUGUUUAAAGUCCACCUUCUGCAUCCUGGAUAUGUGUAACUCUUCAGUAUCCACAUAAGCUACAAAAAAGGUCAUCCUGUACUUGUCAUUCUAUUGCACACUCAAGUUUCCUAAAGUAAUUCCCAUGCAACUUCCACAUAAUGUAUAAUGGUGUCAUUCAGGGUGAAAUGAGUAAUAAAGCUAAACAAAUUAUUUAACCAGGUAGACAGUUUUGGUGAUUGUAAUGUUGAAAAGUGAAACCAGGUUACAGUUUGGAAAUGAGAAAGUGCAGCCUGUCCACUUUCUUAUACUGCAGGCAAAGGUAUAAGGCUAUCAGUUGCAUUAGAUUAAGCGAGACAAAUGAGAAUAUCAUUCAUUUGUCUGAUUGUCCUCACAACAGCGCAGGGAAGGAUAACCACUAGCAUUUCCUUCAGUACUUUUACCCAACUAGCUGUCAAAAAAUCACACUCUGUUACUCUUUGUCAAACCAAACUAGUUCAGCCCAAACAUAUAGCACAGCCUGUGGGGGAGACCCAUUCUGGUUCUGAAGCCUCUUCUCACAUACUGCAUGUUCCCUAAGUCAGUCAAGUGCUGUCAGAGUAUUAGACAUAAUCCUGUGCCCUUAAACAAAAAUAUGGUUAGGAAAAUAUGAAUUGACGUGCUCUUACUUUAUAUAUAAUAUACUAGACAUUAUUUGGAAUGUAAUGCAUAGAUUACAUUCCAGAUAAUAUGGCCUUUUCUACAUGGAAGUACUUGUGAGCAAACAUUACACAUAUACUCCCUACUGGACACUACACUGUCAAACGUUAGCUGCAAGUACACAAAUGUUAGCUCACCUUUUGCAGUAAUAAUUUACCCUAGCCUCCUGCUAUUCAUCCUUUCUGACUGUCAGUUUCUUAAGCUUAUUGUUGGAUAAAGUGAAAAUACCCUCUCUGCAGUGUGGUAGAAACUGGACAUGUUAGGACUGACUUCAAAAAUAUUACAGGGCUGUUUUUCAUUAUUUUAAUCCAUGUCUGUUUAUUUGAGUUUGCAAUCUGGUACAUGAUGUGUUUUCGAGUGACAAUUACGAGAUCACCAGACAGACAACAAUGGGCGACAAACUCUUAUUGAGUUCGUUUGAGGGCACUGGCUAUGCCGACCUGUAAUCUUAACCCAUAUACAUUCAGUGAAAAUCGAUUGUUGUCCUAGCACCCACCAAGGUCAAGUCAAACCCAAAAAAGUCAAUUUAAUGGAUUUCCAUUUGCAUUUUGGCCAAGUUUACGAUUGACUUCCUGUAAUUAACUAUAGUUUAGUGAAGGAAGAUUCCAACACAGUGCCUCUAGAUAACCCGGAUCAAAUUUCUUUUUGUCAUAGAUAGAAAUACAUUAUUUUGCACUGAUCGAUCACGUCUGGCAGAAUGGAACAAAAUGGAUUACACAUGAUGAAGGGCAAAUCCUAGGUAAAUUGGUUGGGAUUCUGUUGAUAUUUAAAUUCAGCCUUGUUUGUUACUUCGCUCAAGUCCAUCCUAGUGAUUUUGGUUCAGAAUAAUCCUCUCUGAGAUAGUCCCACUACAAACAGCUAUUUGUUAUCUCGUAACUAAGCCUGAUGAUUUCUUAAAAACUCAUGUUUGAAAGUUUUAUUUAGUCCAAGCUUUGACCGUAGCUCUGUUUAGGCCACAAUCCAGCAGAUAAUUAGAGAACUAUUUGUACUUACCUGUAAUAAUGCAGCAUCAACAGCCAUCUUUUAUUUACAUGCAGGUUGUCUUAAGGUAUAUUGAUCAAAUGAGAUGCAGAAUAGCCACGCUAUAUCAACACACUGUGCAUGGUCACCAUUAUUUAUCUAAGAUGCAAUGAUGAAUCAUUUUUUAAAGUAUUGUUUCAGCAAAAUGUAUUUAUUUAUCUGGAUGUGACUGAUUACUUGAAAAUUUUAGAUUUCUUUUUCUGAGCGCUGUUCUGUACUGUUUUCUUUUGUAAUUACCAUGAAAUAAUUGACCAGUGUGAUUUAUUAUUAUUAUAAUUAUUAUUAUUAUUUUAAUGAUAUAGCAUCUAUUGAUGUAUUUUGUUUUCCCUUUUUUUCGGUUUGAUUAUUCAAAAACUAUUUUCGUCAUCAUCAGCACUCAUGAAGUGAUGUUUUAAAGCACACUGGCAUCUGUAGUGUCAACGUUGUCAUUCCACAUGAUGGAUGUUGUGAAAUCAAAAACAAAAAAAUUACCUGAGUUUCCCAAAACAUUAACUUUUUUUAAAGUAUUUUUAUUCUUAUUAAUUACGUUGUUUUUCCCAGAUCUCUAAAAAGAUCCUAUUUUAAGAAUUCCAGCCAUUUUAUGUUAAGAAGCCUAAAGUUUUUGAAAUCAUCACUUUUUUGUGAUGAGUUAAGUAAGAGAAAACAUACAUAAAUUAAAAAACUAAUUCAAACCACAAUGUUUUGGGAAACUGGGUCAAGUAAGCCUCAAUAUUCUCAUAAUUCACUGUUUCAAUGCCUUGCUGUGAAUAGAGAAUUGUAGACAUUUAGAUGUAGGACACAACUUUACAGUCAAGUUACCCUCGCCCCCCCCCCCCCCCCCCCCCCACCGCACACAAGCAUACACAUACAUGCAUACAUUCAUACAUACAGGCACAGUAAGCUCCUCUAUAUUAUUUUACCCGUAAAACUGCAAAAUGGGAUGUUGUAUUCCAUUUAAUUCAAACCAUACCAGAGAAACAAUCAGCAGAUUGAAGAUUAUUUAAUACGUAGAUUUUUUCAUUUGCAUGAAUGUUGAGUGAGUUGAAUGAGUUUAUAAUGUAGGGAUUCCGUCACUGACAUUCGAUAUGUGGAUAUUUGGAGGAAUAUGGAGAAUACAUAAAUACAUCUAGUACUUGCUGGAAGUCAUCUUAAGCUAUUGAAAUGUCACUGAAUUGUUGAUACUAGCUGUUUCUGAGUACUAAUCUAAAAGUCCCCAGAGAGUGGGUCAAUCCCUCUGCACUCCCCUUGUUACCUUUUUUAAUGACUGAAGUGAAUGGUAGCAGAGGUAAACAAGUGAGGGAAAGAACAGGUACCCUUGUAAAAUUGAGUUCAUACUUACAUAAAAACUGCCACAUGCACAGGAUGUUACUAGGCAGUGGGUUGAUUUGUUGAAAUGCAAAAGACAGAGGGUAUAUUCAAUUAAUGAACACAUGAAAAAUAAAUUGGUGGAUUUGGAUAUCCACAUUUUUACGCUUAACAGAAAUGAAUGUAACCGGGUUGCUCAGGGUUGACUUGGAGCAUGUUAAAAACUACUGGUCCAUCAGAGCUUCAGGACUUUCACGUACUGGAUGAUGAUGGAUACAAGAAUAUUUUGGCUUCAUUAAGCUGAGAGUUAUAACAACAGACUUUUCUCCAUUAUGUUCACCAAUUUGCUAGUUGUGAAUACUUGAAAAAUAUUGUUGCAGCAAAAUUAAGUAGAUUCAGUAUUAUUUAAAGAGUGCAGUUAAGUAAAUCAUGUUGUCAGUUCUAUUGUUUAAACUGUUUGUUUAGAAGAAGAAGAAAAAAAGCCUAAAACACUUGCUUGGCUACCUAAACUGAUUUGAAGCCCCAUCACCAACAAUUUCAUCUAAUCAACUCCACUAAUCACCUACAGCAAUAACAGCCAACCAAUAUAUGAAACACAUAAAUUAGCAAAUUAGAAAAAAUCAUAAUCCAAUUUGAAUUGUCAUAUUAUGCUGUG